UUUAUCAAAUGGUGGUAAAUUUCCGCCAUUUUUAAUAAUUUUCUUGAGAAAAUGCUUUCAUAGUUUUGCUAUUUAUUCAUUGACACAGUCCCACAUUCUGUUACUGUCAUGGAUAUUGUUGGAAUGGAUCAUGGCUACUCGAAGCCAUGGAGUGCCCAUCCAGAUGCCAGUCAUGCCAGACCAGUGAAGCUCAUGUACAUGCAAAGAGUUCCUCGUAACCAAACAGCUGAAAACUCAAACGAUCAUGAAAUAAUAGACGUAGUGGAUGCACCUGCUAAGCCACACCCUUCUUAUGACAUGGCCAAGGCAAGGAGCCUGAUGCACGAGUGUGAUCGCCAUGUGAACUUUGCUCGGAUGGAGGAGUGUCCAGACGACUGGGAGGAGCAAAUAUCGAGGUUCAAACAAACAACUGGUUGGACCUUGCAGCAGAAUAGGCUGUUCAACAAGAUUAUCAAAGCACUGCAAACUGACAGACUGGCCAGAUUGACCUACCACAAUACCUCUAAUGAACCAGUGAUGAGAAGAAUCCAUAUAGACAAGACUGCUCGCAGGGUCAGGCAAGCUUUUGCUAGUGUGGCUUGGGACACCAGACUGACUCAGUGGGUACACGGUGUCUUAGUGGACAACCUGAGUCUACCUGUCCUUGGAGCCUACCUGGAUGUCCUUCAGACCCUGAGGGCAAAGGUCCCCUCUCUGGUGGACAAAAUGAUCGCCAACACCAGCGUAGGAGGGAAGUCUGCCACAGCAUCUCUGGAGGCCCUCAAUCUGCUGCUGAAGAGACCCUGGGACCCAGUGCUCAGUGUAUACUCCCAACAGAAACCAAACAAGUUACCAGGGAACCCCCUGAUUCUGAUUGCACCCAACGGUCCCACCUACACAGGACACAGUUACUCCAAGCGCACCCGAUUUUGGAAUAGUCAGCUCUCCAACCUGGGGAAGGUGAUCCCCGUCACCAUGCACACAGUCAACGGGGGAAGCGGGGUGGGGAUAGCCCAGUGUCUGGAGCACAUGAUAGGGGCGGUCAGAACUAAAGUCCUUGAGUUGAAAGGCCAUUUUCAUCACAAGCCUAUUGUCUUGCUUGGAUGGAACAUUGGUGCACUGGUGGCCUGCCAUGUGUCCCUAGUAGAGGCUGUGUCUGCAGUGGUGUGUCUGGGAUUACCAAUCACCGGCAUCAACGGACAACGAGGGGACCUCGAGGACACCCUUUUGGACAGUAAAACCCCGACCAUGUUUGUGAUUGGCCAGCACUCAUACACGGCCACCAUUGACAACAUGGAGGACCUGAGGGAGAGGAUGAAGGCGGAGAAUGAGUUAUUGGUGGUAGGGGGCGCUGACAGUAACCUGAGGGUGUGUCGGGGCAAGAAAAAACAGGAGGGCAUCACUCAAGUCAUGGCCGACAAGCAAAUACUGGACCAUGUGGCCGAUUUUCUUGGAGGAGUUCUUUCUCAGUCGGACCUUCUAAACUCGGAUAAUGCAGAGAUUUCAGAGGAAGUAGAGCUUAAGAAGAAAAAACAAAGGAAGGAAAAGUCCCUACCUUCAACACCUAAGCAGUUGAGUGUGGCCAAGGCUCUGAAGGCUGCGAGAGAGGCUGGAUUUAACCAGCUGUCUGUCGGGCAACAGACCAGUGAGCUGGCUAGUCACCUCCUGGCAGGGCCCAAUCAACUCGCUAAUCCUCCCAGGCAGAAAAGGAAGUAUGUAAAGAGUCCAGCGUCGGUGGCCAAAAAGAGGCUAAAAACAGCAGCUGCAGCAGCCGGAUCUGGGAAAAGUCAGCCAACUCUAAACCUGUCUUUAGCCAGUAAAAUAGCCGGUCUCCAGGCCCUGAACAGUGCCCCUGAACUCUCUGGCCUCCUACAGAGUUCUGUUCCACAGACUGUGAAGGACAUGGAGCCCAAAGCCGAUGGUGGCUUGAAUCCAGAAUCUGGUCAGCAGAGUCCAAGCAAAGCCUCCAAGGUCACCCUGGAAAGUUUGGCCAAUCUGAUGGCUCAGAAAGAGGCAGCACAAAGAAUUGCUAGCAGUAUCGCCAGUACUCAUGCCUAUGCCCUUCCUACCAAUGUAUUGAGCAGGGAGUCGGCUCCAAGUAGUGCUCCUGUUCUGUCGACACCACAGAUCAGUCUGCCGAGCCUGAUAAACUUAUCCAAUGUUUUAAGAGGUGGUAUUAAACCAUCUGUUCACAUCACCACAGCUGGACCAGUCUCCAGUCAAAUUCAGCAGUUACUGGCUGGAAUAAGUAAAGCUGGAGUGACAUCCACAGCAUCCAUAAAAUCUCUGUCUUCAACAUCUGUAAACCCACAAUCAUCUGCCUCUUCACUGACAGCUGCUUCCAAGUCUCCUAUUUCACAAGCCCUCGGUUCACCUUUAAUCAGUUUUGACAUUUCAUCAGCAUCAAGUACUUCAGGCACCCAGCACGUUACAUACGUUCUCCCCAGUCAAACACAGAAACUUGUAGAGAGCCCAGCCAAGGCCCAGGAGAUGGUCACUCAGUCCCAGCAGACUGUCUCUCCGGAUUCAACCCUUGAGGACUUGGACCAGACUUCUGGGGAUCGGUCAAUGGAAGAGACUGAUGAAACAGUACAGGCUGUGCAGAAAUCUCAGUACCACGACUUUCCUCUAACCACUGGGUCCAUUCCUCAGAGUUUGGUGUCAACUAUAACCCAAGCCAAGCUACUCAGCAGUUCACUGCCCCACACAUCAGUGACUGUUCCCAAGACUUUCACCAGUGCCAGCACUGUAAACAAAAUAGCCUCUGGACUCUCCCUGCAGAAAUCUUCUCCCUCCAGUACAACCAUCCACAUUUCCAGUGAGAGACAAGGCCAGCAUACCGUGGUGACACCGACCAUCUACAAAACAUCCAAGUCUCCCACCAUCAUCCCGACCACUACAGAGACCCUUGGGAAGGUGUCCUCCUUGUUGGAAUCCAGUCCUGUGAUACAGAGGACCAGCACCACAGUGGGGGUGUCAUCCGUCUCCCCUCAGUCUAUGCUCGCUUACCACUUUAAGACCAUCGAGAGUGAACACAAGGGUUCUACCACCUUAGUGACUGUGUCCCCCACCUCCCCAUCCACCCGCCCCUCCCCCAAGUCCACCACCCCCUCGGUCACUUCAUACACCCCCACCCCCAAACCUGUGCUGCCACCAAAUUCCGCCACUAGGACCAGGAAAAUCAAAACUCCACGACAAUAUGAUUUGUGAUUCUGUGAUGGGAUUGAGAUCGAAAAAAAAUUUAGUUAGCUAUGUGCAGUGUUGUAUAGUUUGUAUAUAAUACUCGCCCUUUCAUCUUGUUUAUUUCUUACUGUUGUUAUAUUUGAAUACAUGUACAUUUACAUUUACUUCGUCAUCUUAAUGUUUAGGUUGAUUUUUUAAAAAGAAUUGUUAUGGUAAAAUUUAAUGGAUUUUUUGUUAAAAUUGUCAAUAAACAUAUUUAGAAAUGUG